CAUUUCAAGGAAGAGAGAGAGAGAGUGGAAAACGCUUUCGCCGUUUGGACAACAAACAACAGAGAGCCAGCAUUCGAAGGAUUUAAAAAAAUAUAAAUAAUUGCAUUAGCAUCGUUCUGAAAAUGAGGAAAUAGAUCUUUAGAUACGUUUUCACUUCAACAUGCUUAAGGGUGGUCUAUUGGUUGCCAUGGCUACUGGAAGUGAAGAGCCGAAACGCAAACAAAGUGGCAUUCACUGGAAAUCUCUUAAAACAUGGACGUGCUAUCGCAUUACAACUCGCCGGUGGUCGAAUUUCCGGCUACUCAGCCGCUGGAGAGGCAAUAUGCUCUGGUCGACAACUGCACCGGCACUGAUCCGUCGCCUCCUAGUCGGGACACCGCCACCGGAACGCAGGAGAAGCUGGAUAUGGCCACUCAAACGGAGCAAAGACUGUCAGUCAGCAGCAAAGAUGUUGAGUACGAUGAAAGAGCCCUGGCCAAGUGGCUGCGUCAGAUAUGCCCCAUCGUGGAGAGGGAACUUAUGAAUCCUACACCGCUAAUGGAGGAUCUAACGAUGAGCCAGUGCCGGUUGGAGGAGGAACUGCAAGUGUUCACCUACCAAAAGCUGGCCAUGGGCGGAGCAGAAAACUCACAGGGCCUGGCCAUCUGGCUGAGCGUGCACACCAACAAUGCUCCUGUCCUGGUGGCCACAACCGUGGCUCCUCACGACGACUGGUGUGAGCAUGUGGAUCAGCAGCUGAAGCUCUUCGUUCCACAAAGGAUGUCCCUUGGAAGCUAUGUGUUCUUUAGCGAAGCCAAAAGUGUAUCGCUGAAGUCUUGCCUGCAAAGUCUUUGCACGAAUCCCUUCAACAAGAAUAUGUUUGCCGGCUCCACGAUGGAUGGCGAGCUGUUCGUCUGGCUGUAUGUACAGGCUAGAGGCUCUGGCGGUGAUGGCAGCGUGGACAUUAAGCAGCUUCACAGUGUGUCCUCUGCCCAAGGAGCGGCUGUGGCGUUGGACUGGCCCCGGGAACAUUUACUGAUGGCCUGCUAUGCCAACGGAAGUGUUCGCCGCUGGGACUUGAGUAGGCAGAUGUCUUUGGACUGGGAGUACUCCUUGCCAGCCACGGUUACCUCGGAGCCUACAGCCAUGGUGGCUUUGGGGAUUGACGACUUUGUGCUGGGCACUAACGAUGGAGGGAUCUAUCGGUGUUGGGGCACUGGGCGCCAAAUCCAACUUUUGGCUCUUAGGCAGCAUCGGUUUAUGGUUUCAACACUCCUUCGCAUCGAGAUGGGGGGUAACCAGUUCGUCCUCAGCUGCGAUCUCAGCGGCCAGGCCUUCUAUCAUGACCUGCGACUCACAGAUGAGGAUAUGUCACAGGUAAUAGUGCAGAUUCCCUUGCCUUUCAAGAACGUCAUCGCAUGCAGCCGGGAUGGCAACAUCAUAUACUGUCCUGCCAGCGAUGGAGCCCUCGAGUACUACAGGGUGAGCGAUGGUGCCCAGGCACAUGUCACGGGAGCAUUGCGCGGAAAGGGAAGCAUCAUCCGGAGUAGUGAUAAUGGAUGCUGGCUAAUCACAGGCCUGUACGGCGACGAGUUCCAAAUCUUCUACGUGGAACGUUAAGG